CUCCCCUCCCCCAGGAGAUCUGAGUGACAUUAAUCACUCAUCACUCUGUGAAGCCCUCUAUUCCAGACAGAAAGUAGAUCAUGCCCUCCUCAUGAACUUUGCUAGCAACCUCUCUGAUUACUUUCUUUUGUUGGAAGAUCAUAUUCAUUGCACCCCCAAAUUCGCUGCUGCCAUCUCUUCGGCCUUAUCAGCCUGGAAAGAACUACCUUGGGUGAUCCUGGAGUUCUCCCACCUGAGCAUCUCUGGGAAAGUUUUCUGCACCAGUGACCUCUCCCGCCUGAACACUUUUUUCCUUCUCUUCCAUAAGGACACUCCUACUCACUUGCUUCUCUCUGAAUUUCGUCUUCUCUUGGCCCAGAAUGUUCCUAUUCAUUUCAGUCCCUCUGUCUUCCACCACACAGGCAAUUAUUCUGUGUUUGAUGACAUGUGCUUUUCUGUGGAGAAGGACAGGGUCUUUGGUGAACCAGACAACCCUGUUGCUACUGUCCUUACUGACAUGGUAUCAACGUUGGCUGUGAUUCUACAAUACACUUAUACACUGAACAAGGAGGGCUACUCUACCUUAAAUCCUUUAAAAGGAAACUACUUGACAGUGAUUCUGGACAGGCCACAAAAAGACACCCAGAUAGCAGUGCUGACAGGCUCCGACAAAGACGGGAGGUACCGACUGCAGCAGGGGCAAGUGGAACUGGGCUAUGACCCCCAGGAGGAUCCCAAAAGCUGUGCUCACUAUGCCCUGCUAGGGCCACUGGUGGGAGGAAAUUUGGACCAGGUAGUAUUUUCUGAAGAAGAGUCUGUGGAACAGUUGAAUUGUAUCUGGCUGCUGGUGUUGGCAUCUCAAGAGUCUUGACUCCUGAUCAAGCAGAUCAAAGUCUGGACUGAGCCUGAGGAAGAGGAGAGAUA